UACAAGCCGACCAACAUGUCUACCUUCGCCUUCCUGUUCUUCUGCUUCCAAGCUUGUUUGAUUCAGAAUGUCUGCAGCCAGUAUCUACGUGGCGCUUAUGGCCCAGGGAUUGCUGGUCGCGCAUGUGGCUGUGGAGCUGGUCCCGCUGCAAUUUCCGCUUACCCAAGUUACGCUGCCUAUGGCGGUGCCGGUGUUGGAAAUGUAGCGGUAGCUGGUGAGAUGGGCGUUGCUGGUACAACCAUGGUAGCUGGUCAAGUGCCCAUCCUCGGUGCUGUUGAUUUUGGUGGUAUCGUGCCGGCUGCUGGAACUGUAUCCAUCACUGGUAGCUGCGGCUGUGGUUGCAACGGUGAAUACGGUCCAUAUUCUGCUGCACCAUUCGCUGCGGCUGCCCCAUUCGCUGCCGCUGCUCCAUUCGCUGCUGCUCCAAUCGUUGCUGCUACUCCAUGUGCAAAUCCCUUCGCUUUUGAAGUUGCCGCCGUCUCGGCUUCAAACGGCGGCGGUCUGGAAGUAGCCAGUGGUUCCGCUAUUCCCCCACGCGGAGUUUCCGUUUUAUCAGAGAACGCCAUAGAAGGUGCGCUCUCAGUCGCCGGCGCUCUGCCGUUCUUAGGAACCGUGGGCCUUGAAGGUGCUCUACCGACUGCUGGUGUCGGUGCCGUCAACUACGGUUGUGGCAACGGCGCUGUCGCCAUUCUGGCUGAGGACAUCGCUCCCGUCAGUAUCGCAAGUCCUUUCGGAUACGGUGUUAGUCCUCUGGCUGCUGACAGAUUCGGCUACGGUUCUUGCGGCUGCGGAGCCUUCGGCUACGGCACAGGAGCUUACGGCCGCGCUGGUUACGGUUACGGUGCUUUCAUGUAAUAAGUAACUGAUGAAUGAUCCUUUAAUGUAGUAUUA